UAUCACGAAUUUUUGAAUUGUAUUCUUGCCGCUUACAUACACUUAUGGGAUCAUUCCCUACACCAUGGGAUUUCGUGAAGGGAAUUGUCGUUUUGCAAAAACAAAGCUAUGCAGAUUAUUUAAAACUGGUAGACAACAUCACUGCGGAUAUUAAAAGUAGAAAAAUCUGUAAUCGAUUAUUGGACACAUCAUUAAAGAGAGCAUGGAAUUCAUUAGAGGAUGAGACAAUUUCUGUAGAAGAAUUUUUGGAAAUUUGCAGCAAUACAAAUUCAGAACGUAGAAUGGAAUUUAUAACUGCGCAAAUUAAUGAACCCAGUGAAGAGGGUAAUUUGAUAUUAAUUGAUGAUAAUUAUGCUGCAGUCUAUCCAUCCACAAUUGUAGCUGCUGAAGAUGAUGGAGACGACAUGUCGGAGGAAGAAAAUAAUGUUGAUUCCUUGGAAAGUAACAGCAGUGAAAUUGCUGAAGAUCCUUUGGAAAUUAAUAUCAUCGAAAAUGAUGCAGGUAAUGAAAAAUUAAAGCUACCCUCAAUUGAGGCCUCGGGAAGAAGAACUCACCGAGCGCUCCGACACAUGCUCCAAUGCCAGUCAGAGGUACACUGA